AUGGCCUCCAUCGACAUGGACGCAUCGGCCGCGGCUGCAAGCCUCGACAGCCUGCACAGCGCUUUCUCCAAGAUCCGCCACCACACCAACUCCAAGCUCGAAAACCAAAAGGGCCCCGCACAGCUCCUCGUCGCUGUCGAGGCCACUCUCGCAGAGCAGGACUCCACAAAGGGCACCACUUCGGCGACUGGCGCGGCUGCCUCCCAGCAUGCUGCUGCCAACCGCUCGCCUGCCGAGUACUUUCUCGCGCUCGAAUCCAUGAUGGAGAUGGCAAAGUCGCCGUCGGCCCCGUCGUCGCUCCUCAGCAACGUCUUCUACCUGCUCUCCAUUGUGGCGCCCCACGUUUCGCCAGGCAUCCUCCGCGCAAAGCUCUCCUCCAUCGUCCCGGCCGUCGGCAAGCUCCUCACCACGCCUCAUCCCACCACCUUCAACGUCAACGACACCACCUCGGCCGAAACCUAUGCAUCCACCCUCAAGUCAGCCCUCGCCAUCCUCCAGGCAAUCUACUCGGCGUUCCAGUCCGACGUCUCGGCGCUCGAGAGCGACGGCCCUCUGAGGUCCUGCUGGUCCGCAACGCUCAACCUUUGCGCCGACUCGCGCCCAAAGGUUCGCCGCCGCGCACAGCUCCUCAUCACCUCCAUCCUGCCCACCACCGCUGCCGCCUCGGUCAAGCCAUACCACCCCUACCUCAAGCUCACCUUUGACUGGAUCAUCUCCACCCUCGCACACGUCGCCGACGCAGGCUCCGUCUCGUCCUCAAAGUCCAAGAACAAGAAGGACGACCCCUUGCAUCCAAAGUACGACAAGAAGUCCGGCACCGCCAAGCAAGCACAGGCCGCUGCCGCUCUCCGUCAAAACCAGGGCGACACUGCUUCCGUCGGCAUCUGGGUCUGCGGCUUCGCAAAGCAGAUGAUCAACAUCCUGCCCCUGGCUCAGGUCGACGAUCUCGUCGCCGCCCUCCUUCGACUGCCCGGCCUCCAGAACCCUUUCCUCACCGUCGCCGCUUUCGACGUAUUCGAGGCUUUCCUCAAGGCGUGCAGGCCGAGUAUCGCAUCCGGUGCCGCACAGGCCGACGCCCUCCUCAUCCAGUCCCACGUCACCUCGUCCCCGAGCAGCAUCGGAGAAAAGACGCUCGCCAGUCUCCUCGACUCGCUCCGCUCACCCGCCUUUGUGCCGUCGAGCUCAGAUGCGCAGCUCCUUCCCGCCUACCUCCGAGCGCUCGAGCACGCCGUCUCCGCGUACUCCCGCUUCGACAACGGCGCUCCGGCUUGGCGUCUCGCUCCUCAGGUCUGGUCCGACGUCAUCGCCCUCUCCAUGUCGGACAAGUCGGAUGCCUCUCGAACCGCUCCCGCCGUCCGCGCAGCCGGACGCGACUGCCUGAUCGCGCUCCUCCGCUACUGCGUCCCGGAUUCGGCGAUCCAAGACGCACUCAAGGCGUCCUUCUCCAAGAAGAAGGCCUCCGACGCCCCCUUGCUCGGCAUGAUCCAGUCCCUCGAGGAUGCUCUCGGCAAGGAUGCACUGCAGUUCAUGCAUGCGCGCGCAGAGAUCCUCUCCGUCCUCGCCUCGCUCAUCUCCAGGCUUCGUUACCACUACGUCCCCGAGACGCAGCCGCCUCAUCCUGCCGCCGCCUCGCUUGCCAUGCACAUCGUUCAGACCGUCGCCGAGCUCCGACAGCAGCCCCACUUUGAGCACCGCGAGUACGCCGACACCGUCAUCGCAGCUGCCGUCGAGGUUUGCGGUCCGCGUCUCCUGCUCGAGGCUCUGCCGCUCAACCUCUUUGGCGAGACUGAAGGCCCGGGCCGUGCAUGGCUCCUCCCGCUCAUCCGCACCAAGAUCAACAACACCGAGCUCAGCCACUUUUCCGGCGACCUCGUCUCGCUCUCCGAGAAGAUCUUCACCAAGCGCCAGGAGGCCGAGAACGACGCCCGCCCCGUCGAGGCAAAGAUGUACGAGGCCCUCACAGAGCAGAUCUGGGCCCUCUUCCCGGCCUACUGUGCCAUGCCCAGAGACCUGCUCUCCGCCUUUACGCGCCAGUUUGCAGAGCUCCUCACCAACGUGCUCUACACCCAGUCCAACCUGCGUCCGUCCAUCUGCCGCGGUCUCCAGGCACUCGUCUACCGCAACGAGGCGCUUGUCUCGUCUGGCGCGCCCUCCGACUCGCUCAAGCACGCCUUCGGCCUCGACCAGGCUGACGGCAAGGCCAACAUCGCCCAUCUCUCCGCCAUCGCUCCCAACUUGCUCGCCGUCCUCUUCAACGUCUUUUCCCAGUCGCCCGGAGAGGGUCGCGGAUUCGUCUACGACACCAUCGUCGCUUACCUGCGCGUCAUGUCGCCCCAGGACAUCCAAAACACCUACCUCAAGGUCAAGACCACGCUCGAGCAGUCGCUGCCCACGCUCUCCACCAAGCAGAAGCGCAACCAGAAGGAGAGCACCACCACGCCCCCACCCGUGCCCUACACCAUGCUCGACCUCAUCUCGGCGCUCAUCCCGCACCUCGAUAAGAGCGCAGGUGGCCCCGCUGGCGACCUCUUUGAGCUCAUCUGCCAGGACAACGUGCUCCGCUCGCACGACUCGACCGUGCAGAAGAAGAGCUACCGCAUCCUGAGCCGACUGCUCGAGGGCGAUGCGGGCAAGCAGAUCCUUCUCGCUCCCUCGGCCGGCAGUGUCAAGGGGUCCAACCGCGUCGGUGAACUGCUCGACAAGCUUCGCGAGUCGACUUCCAGCGUCGCGCUCGGAGCCAAGCGUGACCGUGUGCUCCUACUGGCCACGCUCGUCCCCAACAUUCCCUCGGACGAGCUCCACCACCUGCCCAGCAUCAUCCCCGAGGCCGUGCUUGCCACCAAGGAGGUCAAUGCUCUCACUCGCCAGAAUGCCUACGAGCUGCUCGUCCAGAUGGGCUACAAGAUGGAGCAGGGCGGUUCCAUCAACCGCGGCCUCGUCGAAGGCCAUGGCGCUGCUGCUGACGCAGCAGAAGAGGCCGAAGACGACAGCGAGAUGGCCGAUGCCGGUGUGGUGUCCGCUUCCAUCAGCGAGUACCUCACUAUGGUUGCCGCCGGUCUUGCCGGAACAACACCUCACAUGAUCAGUGCUACGAUCACCGCGCUCUCGCGUCUGGUGUACGAGUUCAAGGAGACGCUGGAGCAGAGCGUGCUGGACGAGCUGCUGAGCACGAUCGAGGUGUACCUGCAGUCGGCCAACCGCGAGAUCGUCAAGUCGGCCAUCGGCUUUGUCAAGGUGGCCAUCGUCGACUUCAACACGACGCUCAUCGACUCGCACCUGCCCAAGCUCAUCCCUGCGCUGCUCGGAUGGUCGACCGAGCACAAGCAGCACUUCAAGGUCAAGGUGCGCCACAUCUUUGAGAGGCUGCUGCGUCGCUUUGGCUUCGAGCGCAUCUACGCGCUCACCGACGAGGACAACCGCAAGCUCAUCAACAACAUCCGCAAGCGCAAGGAGCGCGCCAAGCGCAAGAAGGCCAAUGCGGCCGCCGAGCGCGAGGCAGGCGCUCUGGGUGAGGACGACGAUGACGAGCCCGGUCUCGCCCCUCGCAUCCUCAAGACCAAGGGUGGCAACGAUGCGUUCGAGGAGGUUGUCUACGGAUCCGAAUCCGACAUUUCGGAUUCCGAGGACGAUGACGAGGAUGCCGAAGCCGCCAACGACCGCAAGGGCGGCACUGCUGCGGCGCUCAACCGCAAUCGCCAGCGCAAGAAUGGUGGCGACGACGACAAGUCGGGUCGCUCCAACCGUCGUCGCGGCAAGCAGCAGGACGAGGCGUACAUCGAGGCGGACGAUGAUGACGAUGUGCCGAUGGACCUGUUGGAUCGCAGUGCCACUGCACGAAUCUCGCUCUCCAACCCCAACGCCAAGGACGCUGGUCGUGGACGCAACAAGAAGCGACAGCCUGGCCAAGAAGCGAGCAAGUUCGCGCUCGACGAGGCUACGGGCCGAAUGCUCAUCGACGAUGACGAAGAUGCAUCUGCAAGGCAAGGUGCUGGCAAGCGCGUCUCGUUUGCAGAUGGUGGUGCUGAGGCUGGGCCUGUUGAUGUGGAGGGUGCUGGAACCGCCUACAUCAAUCAAGGUCGUGGUGUGGAUGGUAUGGCCCAGGUGCGCGGUGGCGCUGUCAAGUUCAACAAGAACAACAAGCGAACGCGCGAGGCGGAGCGCGAGAUGGAGCUCGAGCAGAUUGCGCUCGAGGAGGCUCAGGACCGUGUGCGACAGGUGCAGAGCGGCAAGCCGGCGCAAGCAGACAAGAAGAAGCGCGUCAAGGAGGCCAUCGGCAAGGAGUUCCGUGCCAAGCGCGGUGGUGGCGAUGUCAUUCGAAACGGCAAGAGCCCUUACGCCUACGUGCCCCUCAGCCAGGUAGCGGGCAAGAAGGCGGGCAAGGGCGACAACGUCUCGUACACGGGCAAGGGAGACAAGAGCCGUAAGCGUCGCUAG